AUGGCCAAGACAGCUGUUCACUUUGGCGCCGGCAAUAUCGGCCGUGGCUUUGUCGCUUGCUUCCUCCACAACUCUGGCUACGACGUCAUCUUCGCCGAUGUCAACGACACCAUCGUCAAUCUCAUCAACGAAACCCCCUCAUACAAGGUCAUCGAGGUCGGAUCUGAAGGAACCACCGAGAACACAAUCACAAACUACAAGGCCAUCAACUCCCGAACACACGAGCAGGACCUCAUCGAGGCCAUCCGCACAGCUGACAUUGUCACUUGCUCCGUCGGCCCCAAUAUUCUCAAGUUCAUCGCUCCCGUUAUCGCCAAGGGUAUCGACGCCCGCUCCACAGACAGCGCUCCCCUACAUGUCAUCGCCUGCGAGAACGCCAUCGGCGCUACAGACACUCUUGCUGAGCACAUCAAGGACCCUCGCAACACUGAGCCCUCUCGUCUUGAGGACCACCACUUGAGAGCUCGCUACGCCAACUCUGCCAUCGACAGAAUCGUCCCCGCCCAGGACCCCAACGCUGGACUCGACGUGACACUGGAGAAGUUCUUUGAGUGGGUUGUUGACCGCACACCCUUCAAGGACGUUGGCAUUCCCGACAUCCAGGGCAUCAACUGGGUCGACAACCUUGCUCCCUUCAUCGAGCGCAAGCUCUUCACCGUCAACACUGGCCACGCCACAGCCGCCUACCACGGCUACAACCGAAGAAAGCGUACUGUCUACGAUGCUCUCCAGGACAAGGAGAUCAUGGCCGAGGUUCGCGGUGCUCUCAUGGAGACCAAGAACCUAAUCGUCGCCAAGCACGAGAUCGACGAGGAGGCCCAGGCCGCUUAUGUCGAGAAGAUCAUCAAGCGAAUCGGCAACCCCCACUUGGAAGAUGCCGUUGAGCGAGUCGGCCGUGCUCCCCUGCGCAAGCUCUCUCGCAAGGAGCGAUUCGUCGGCCCCGCUGCCGAGCUCGCUGAGAACGGACAGAGCAUCAAGUACCUCCUCGACGCCAUCGAGAUGGCUUUCCGCUUCCAGGAAGUUACCGACGACGAGGAGUCCAAGGAGCUUGCCAAGAUCAUGUCAGAGAAUGGACCCGAGGAUGUUGUCAAGCAAAUUUGCGGCAUUCAGGACAACGAGAAGAUCUUCCCCGAGCUCGUCAACGUUGUGCAGCGUGUCCAGGCCGACAGUGCUGAGGACUAA